AUGGAUAAAGAGGACAAAAAAACAAAUGGUGUUGUUAAUUUGGUUAACAAUGAAGAGAGGCCUGACCACGGUGCUGAUGAACUGGGAGGAGAUUUGGUGGAUUUUGAGGAGAAUAUAAAUGGUGAAGAUGGGGGUGACUUGUAUUCUCCAGAUCAAUCUGAUUUGGGGGAGUUUAAAGACGAUGUAAACCUCGAGCCACUAGAUGGUAUGGAGUUCGAAUCACAUGGGGAAGCAUUACUCUUCUAUCAAGAAUAUGCGAGGUCAAUGGGGUUUCAAACGGCAAUACAGAACAGCCGCCGUUCAAAGUCCUCGAGGGAGUUCAUCGAUGCUAAAUUUGCGUGUUCUAGGUAUGGAACAAAGCGAGGAAAUGAUAAAUCUGCAAACCGCCCCCGUAGUAGUCAGGAUCCAGAAAAUGGUGGAGGUAGAAGAGUGUGUGAAAAGACAGAUUGCAAAGCGAGUAUGCAUGUUAAGCGAAGAUCUGAUGGGAGAUGGAUUAUACACAGAUUUGAGAAAGAGCAUAACCAUGAGCUUUCACUUCCCCAAGCUGUCACUGAACAGACAAAGAGGAUGUAUGCUGCAAUGGCAAGGCAAUUAGCUGAAUUCAAAAAUGUUGUUGGCACAAAAAGUGACUCCAAAAGUUCCUUUGAGAGAGCCCAGAAUUUGGCUAUGGAUGCAGGGGAGGCAAAUAUUUUACUGGAAUUCUUUAUUCAGAUGCAAAGUAUGAAUUCCAACUUCUUUUAUGCAGUCGACGUAAGUGAAGAUCAUCGACUGAAAAACUUUUUAUGGGUUGAUGCCAAAAGUAGACAUGAUUACGCACGUUUUAGUGAUGUUGUGUCAUUUGAUGCUACAUAUGUCAGAAACAAGUAUAAAAUUCCUUUAGCUCUAUUUAUUGGGGUGAAUCGUAACUAUCAGUUCGUGUUACUUGGAACUGCAUUGCUAUCUGAUGAAAGCUCUGCAACACUUUCUUGGGUAAUGCGGACAUGGCUGAGAGCAAUGGGUGGUCGAGCUCCGAAAGCCAUAGUCACUGACCACGAACACGUUAUGACAUCAGUUAUCUCAGAAAUUUUCCCAUCAUCCCUUCAUUUCUUUUGUCUUGGAAAGGUCUCAGAGAGUCUGAAAAAUGUUGUGAUGAAGCAGAAUGAGGAGGAAUUUAUGGUGAAGUUUGAAGAGUGCAUUUUCGGGCCAUGGACCGACGAGGAGUUUGAAGAGAGGUGGCAAAAUCUUGUCAAUACAUUUGAACUCAGAGAAAACGAAUUGUUAUGGUCAUUGUAUGAAGAGCGCAGAAAAUGGGUACCUACACUUAUGAGGAGCAAUAAUGCUGCAUUUUUAGGUGAAAGUGUGAACUCUUUCUUCGACAAAUAUGUGAAUAAGGAGACCACACUGCAAGAGUUUGUGAAACAGUAUGGAGUGAUUCUACAAGAUAGGUACAAAGAGGAAGCGAAGGCAGAUUCUGAUACUACAAGGUAUCCUCCGCUAGCUGCAUCUGGAGAAAAGAAGUGUAGAGUUCAAAGAUACAAUGAUCUAUGCCAAAGAGCAAUGAGAUUGAGUGAAGAAGGAUCAUUAUCUCAAGAGCGCUAUACAUCUGCUUUACAUGCACUUCAUGAAGCUUAUGGGAAUUGUGUGAAUCUUGAGAGUUCAAAUAAGAUUAACCCUGUUGGUACUUUGACUUCAUCCACUCCUGGUGAUCUGUUUGUAGAAGGAGAUAACCAAACGAGUAAGACAAAUAAGAAGAGAAGUAGUCCAACCAAAAAAAGAAAGGAAGAACCAAAGGUGAUGAGGUCUUCAUCACAAUUGAAUGAUGAGGCUCCAAGGCAUGCCUGA